AUGGAUCAUUUUGAGAGAAUUCGAAAAAUUGGUAAAGGUAAUUUUGGUGAUGUUCUUUUGGUGUCAAGAAAAAGUGAUGGAAAAGUAUGUUAAAUCUUUGUAUUUACAGCAAUUUGCACUUAAAAGAGUGGAUUUAAGUAUGAGAGAAAGCUUUGUGGUUGACCCUCUCAAUGAAGUUAAGGUUCUCAAAUCGUUAGACCAUUAGAACAUCAUUAAACACUAUGAUUCAUUUGUACACAAUAAUAAACUAUGUAUUCUAAUGGAAUAUGCCGAGAAUGGUAAACAUUUGAAAAAAUAAUCUAAGCUGAUCUCAGUUUAAAAAUAAAGGAGGCUAAACAUAAUAAUCAAUUCAUUCAAGAAUCUACAGUUCUGUAUUUCAUUUAUGCAUUAUUAUAGAUUCUUGCAUGGUUAACCUAAUUGGCAGUAGCGCUCAAUUAUCUCCAUUCUCAAAAGAUACUUCAUAGAGACAUCAAAGUACAAAAUAUAUUCCUUUGUAGUGAUGGAAUUGUAAGAUAAUUUAAAUAUAAUAGGUGAAAUUGGGUGAUUUUGGUAUCUCUAGAACAUUAGAAAACACAUCUGAAUUAGCAUAAACCUCAAUAGGUAUUAAUUAUAAGAAAACGAAUAAUUUAGGUACACCAUUUUAUUUAUCUCCUGAAUUAUGUUAGAAUUAGUAAUAUAAUCAUAAAAUUGAUAUAUGGAUGUUAGGAUGUGCCAUUUAUGAAUUAUGUACAUUACAUAAACCAUUUACUGCUGAAUCAAUCAAUGUAAUAUAAUUAAUAUUAAAUAAAGGCUUUGGCCACUAAAAUUAUUAAUGAAUAACAUACAAAAAUCUCUGAUCACUAUUCAGAAUUUCUAUCAAAUCUUAUAGAUGAAAUGUUACAGAAACAACCAGAAAAAAGGCCAGAAAUUUCAAAAAUACUGUCAUUUCCAUAAAUUCAAAUAGAAAUAUAAAAAUUAUCUCAAAUCUAUCAAUCUACUAAUAUAAAAUAUUAGAAUAAUGGAUUCUCAUCCAGUAAAAAGAGUAACAGAAUGCAACAGAAUUCUAUACACUUUUUAGUUGAAAAAUCAAAAUAAUAACAAGGUUAAUCACCAAUUUGUUCAAGAAGAAGUCAAUCUAAACUUAAUACUCCUUAUUAAGUCUAUAAAACAGAUAUUGUUGAUUAAAAUAGUCCACAUUUUAAAUUAAAUGGAAAAUAAUUAGUUUCUAAUUUACAUACUCUUCCAGACUAUAUUGAUGAUUAACAAAAAGCUUAAACACCUAUUUCCACUUAAAGAACAGAAUCUAAUGAAAUCAAUUCUAAAUAGCUAAAAUAUUAAAAAUCUAUUUCUAUUAAUACUUAAAUUGAUGAUAAUAAUAAUAAACGAAAUUAAGAAGUGGAAAGCUAACCUACUCUAUUAAAAAACUAAAAAUCAUUCACUUUCGUUGAUAUAUUCUUUAAUCCAAAUACUCCUACAUCCCCUAAUAGAUCUUUAUUAUUAACUGAUUUCCUUAAACGAAAAUUAGGAAAUGAAAAAUUUUAUUAAAUGAAAAUAGUAUAUAUAUAUCAUAUCAUUUAGUUACUUGAAUAAAAUAAUGAUCCUAUUAAAUUGCUAGAUUAAGAAAAAGGUUUAGUCUAAGAUAUCAUAGGAGAAUAAAAUAUGGAUUGUGUUAGAGUAAUAUUUAAAUAAAUCAUUAGAUUUUUAAACUAUUAAUCAGUUGUUCUAUAACUCCUUAAGCAAGUCAUGGUAGAGCUAAAAGUGCUUAAGUUUUCACUCAAGAAAAACAAGAAUCCUUAAUGGAUAUAAUAAAGGAAUCUGAUUUUUAACCUUCAAAUUCCAUAGGUUCUAAUCCAGGAUUAGAAAUAUCAUUUAAAAAUCUCUAGCAUUUCACUGAAGAAUAAUAAUAAGUGCUAUAAUAAAUAAAGGAAUGA